AUGAAGAAUAAAUACAGUCCUGUUUCAGAUUCUGACGAGUCUUUUAAAACGCUCAUUGAUGAAAAAUCAGAUAUACAUUCUUCAGAGGGUACGCCUCCUCCGUAUUCAGCUCCGAACAAAUUUAUUGAUUUAGAAAUGGCUGAUGGAUCUGCUCAGCAUUCUGCCCAAGAGUCCACUAACAACGCUGGAUCGGAUUCGACAUAUUCGAUGUGGGUUUCAGCGAAUAUCUUCUUAUUUUUUGCGUCUCUUGUGUAUGUUAUUCCUGUGAGGACGGAAACCUUUUGGGGACUUUCUGUUACCUGUCCAGUGUCCAUUGUAGUAUUUCUCUAUUCAAUUUCUCAAAUUCCUAAAGAAUGGUUCAAGCAAACUGGUAGAGUGCUGUCCUACUUAUUCACGCAAAUUUGUAGUGUACUGUCCAACAUGUGUGUCGCAGUAAUAUGUACGGCCUCUCUGAAUGCCCCUUGCUAUUCCGUGUAUUAUUUUGUAAAGAAGGUAAUAGGAUUUGAAAAGAUGGACAAAGGGUUUUUCUAUUUUGUCUGCAUUGUUAACGUUGCCGUGUUUGUUUUAUUUUGGAGUACGGAUACGCGACAACUUCGAAUCUUCAUUGCUGCUUCAGGAAACUUCAUGGGAAACAUGGUGAAUGACUUGGAAAACGGCAUAAGAAAUGCUGCGAAUUAUGUUCGACCGACAGAUCCAGAAAAUGAAGCACCUCAAAACGAAGAAAUUGAGCUUCAACCUUUUGCUGGGCAAAGCGCUGAAGUUUGAGUUUUAACGAAUCUUUUCCAUCCCUCCUAUAAAUCACAUUUUCUUUCGAAGCAUCCAUAUCAAUUGCAAUCCCUCGAGUUUCUGUAUUCUUGUCCACAAAAGUAAGCACAGCUUCAUUCGGCAGGUUGGAUUGCUUUUCACGUUCAUUCUUUUAUGUAUUUAAGAAUUCGUCUCGCAAGAGUGUUAUUUAUAAAUCGUUCGUUUUCUCUGUGACGAACAUCCUUGUUAAUGCAACCUUUUUAAUGAUUAUUUAGUUGUUAUGACGAUAAUUUUGCAAAAUAAUCAACUAGUUUCUAAUUCAAAGCUGGACGUAUUCAGAUUGGCCGUUUCAACUAAUGUAGUUUAAUAAUUUACUUCUCAAA